AUGUCUAACAGUAGCCUCAAUUCGAUAUCGUCGUCAAUCUAUUCUGAUAUUAACAAUUCAACCAAUAGUUUAGACAAAGAAAGUAAUAACUCAGAGAGUAAAAAUAAACAUAUUAAAAAUUAUGUUGUAAAUCAACGGUCAGAUCCAUCUAUUAGUAAAGAUUACUUUAAUACAUUUAAAAAAGGAAAAUUAACACCACAAAAUAGUCUGAAUGAUUUGCUACAAAUAUAUCUAGAUAAUUCACAAUCAGAAUAUGAUUCAAAUUCAGAUAGCGGUUCUCCUUCUACAUCCAUUUCUAAAUCAGAUUUUGAUUUUGAUAAUAAUGUUAAUAAUACCAUUAAUAGUGUUGAAUCUGAUUAUGAAACUGCAAAAAGUACUGCUACUGAAAUAUCUGAAGUUUCAGACAAUGAACUGAUGUUUCCAGAAAGAGCGUUUGUGAGAGAAGAUUAUCAUCAUCAUAAAAAAAACAGUACGCCUUCAUUAUCAUCAAUAAAAAGUAAUUACAGAUCUAAAUCAUCUCUUCCAAAUAAAAAUGCCUUUAAUAGAUCAUUUUUAUCAUUAGAUUCUAAUAAUUUGAAUUAUCAUUCAGAUCCCACAGGAUCAUAUUCUCAUUCCAGUUCUAACUCUCGUUCUACACAAAAUAGUUCGAUAUUAUCAAUGGCAUUAUCAACAGGAUAUGGGAAUUUAACUCUUUCUCCACGUAAUAUUUAUACUAAUAAUAGUGACCCUAAUAAUACUAACCGAUACCAAAACACACCACCUAAUUCACCAAAUAAUAUUCAUAAUACAAGUUCCAAUAAUUCUUUACAAGGUGAUUCAUCAUAUCAAAAAUUGCAUACAAGUAGAUCACAAAUAUUAUUAUCUAAAAUCAAAACAGUAAAUCUCCAUCACAAGAGCUCAUCAUUGAAUGUGUAUCCUAUUAGAAAUAGCAGAUCUGAUUUCAAUAUCAAACGGAAUAUAACAAAUGGACAUGCUAAGGCAAGUUCAUCAAAUUAUUCUGGUAAUAGUGUGGCUUCCAGUCAAUUAUUAUUAGGUCAAAUACCUGGAAGUGCUAAUACAGUUAAUACAUCUAUGCUUCUUCAUCAAAGUUCUCAUUCUAAUUCAAUAUCGCAAACAAAUAAUAAUAAUAAUAAUAAUAAUAAUAAUAAUAAUAAUAGUAGUAGUAGUAGUAGUAGUGAUGCUUUGAUUAAUCAAGAUUCUAAUAGUAUAUAUCAAAGAAUAAGUAAUAGUAGUGAUGCAUUAUCUACUAAUACAGCCGAACUACUUGGGGGAAUUGAAUUAAUGGAUCCAAAUAUAGACUCUAGUUAUCUUUACAAUUAUCAAACUAGGAAUUCUCAUUCCACAAAUAGUAUUUCAUCUACAGAAUUCCCCAUUUCCAGAUUUAUUAAUAAUCAACGAAUAUCAUCAGAUUCUAUUCAUCGGCUUCGAAUAAUUAAUCCAAGUUUAAUUCGAGAAGAGCAACAACGAACUCAAACUACCACUACAUCAUAUUAUAACCCAACUGAUUCUUUAAUAUAUGAUAGCAGUUAUGUUCCAGAUAUUGAAGAAGCAGUGGAAAUGUUAAGAGGUGAAAUAGCCACUGGACAUCCACCACUUGUAUCAGUGGCUAUAUCCAAUAGUGGAUCCAAUGUCAAUUCUAAUAGUGUAUCCUAUAAUAAUCAUACACCAAGCACAAAUCUUAACUAUACACCAAAUAAUACUAUCUAUUCUGACACUAGAAGCCAACCUUUUACUCCACCAUCUCAAACACCUUAUAAUAGUGCCUAUUCUACUCCACUUCGUUAUAAAAAUAAAAAUUCCAAUAUGGAAAGAGCACAACAUCCAUGGAGAGAUGAAAGAAGUUCUGAUAUUUUGAAUAGUAUAUAUGAAUCAGUUAUUCAAAACAAUUCUCGUCAAUCAUCCGGUAAUAAAUCGAAUCCUCAAUUACAAAAGAGGAAACAAAAUAAUCAAUUAAUUUCAGUAAACGGUGGUAGUUCUACAGGUAAUAUUCAUCAUAUUGGUUCACCUUUCAAUUAUUCUAAUAAUAGUAAUAAUAACAAUUUCACAUCAUUAAAUAUUGAGAAUUUAGAAGCAAAUGAUAUUAAUAUUGUUGGUGCUGAAAAUAUUAAUAUUGAAGGUAAUCACAACAUUCGUAUUAGUGGUAAUAAUAAUAUUCAAAUUGUUGGUAAUAAUAAUAUUACAAUUAAUGGGACCAAUCUUAAUUCUGAAUUGAUUAAAAAUCGGUUCCCAUAUAUUUCUGAAACACCUCGUUAUUCACAUGCAUUAACCACCAAGGAAUUAAAUUAUGCGAUUGAAAAUGCACCUAUACUUUCUCCUGAAGGGUUAGUAAUGGAACUUCCAUCUAUUCCUAUAACACCGACAUCUCUUAAUGAACAUGGUGAUACAGAAAUAUUUAGAAGCACUGAUUGGAUCCCACAGGCUAUACCAAUCCAACAUAUUGAUUCGAAAUCGAUCCAUUUGAAGACACAAGCUACAUCUGGUAGUAGCAUUUAUAGUACAUGGAGAAUAAUGAUGGUCAUUGGGUGUUGUAUAUUGAUACCGCCGUUAUUUUUCUUUAUUGGCUGUGGUAAUAAGAAUGGGAUCUCUAGUCAUUCCUUGUUGAAAUUGAUUUUGAAUUCUGAUGAACGAUUAGAACUGUUUAAGGGGUUUUAUUGGAAUACAGAUGUGAGAUGGUUUCGCAAGAUAUGUUUAUUUCUUGGGAUAGCGGAAGUGCUUGCCAUCUUAGCAUGUGUUGGGGUUGGAUUAGGGGUUGGCAUUGGUGUUCAAUAG